UCCAAUCGAGUGUAGUGUACAUACAUCAGACAUCGGCGUCUGAGAAAUCGGGAGUGUUGUUUUUAAUUUUUCUGGUUUUUCGUGUAAAUAGAAAAGUGAAAAUGGUUUGAAAAUAGUGAAAUGUGUGAUUUAGCGUUCGUUAAAUCGAACUCGGCCGGAGAAUUGCUGAAUCGCAUCGAAAUGACCCUCGAAAACGGUGUCCAAGAAGCCUCCACUUUAAAGCGGACUUUUACUUUGCCAAGAAACCCCUUUAAUUCCGCCAGGAUGUCGAAACGAAGGCCUAAAACGGGCGAUAACGAGCCCGAAAACGUUAGGGACCUUAAAAUUGUGAACGGGGAUGCUGAAAAAAAUAACAAGAAGGUUUUUCGUCGCCCAUCUAUAAAGAAAAUCAUUAGCUCCAUCAAUAAAAUAGCUCAGCACAUAAGCGGAGUACCAGGAAUCAAUCAAAACCUAGAAAACAAUAGAGUCCCUCCUGUAGACAUCCAAACAUGGGGACCAAAUGAUACUCCAGGAGUUACGGGCAUUGAAAAUCAAGGGAACACUUGCUUUAUAAAUGCCAUACUUCAAUGUAUAUCCCAUACAGAUAUACUAGCAGAAUAUUUUGUACUUGACAAGUAUAAAAUUGACUUAGCAAGAAGGAAUAAACUGAACUCAAAGAAAUUUGGCACUAAGGGAGAGGUAACGGAACAGUUGGCCAUACUAUUGAAGGCCCUUUGGGCUUGUCAGUACUAUUCAGAGUUGAGCAUGAGCUUUAAACAUGUCUUGGGCAGACAUGGGUCUCAAUAUAGAGGAAAUCAGCAACAUGAUGCUCAGGAAUUUUUGUUGUGGCUGUUAGAUAAGGUCCAUGAAGAUUUAAAUACUGCUUCUAAAAAGAAAUACAAAAGUGUCAAGACUUCUGGAAGACCUGAUGAGGUGAUAGCAGCCGAAACGUUGGAAAACUAUCGGCGCUGCAACAAUUCCUUUAUCCAAGGGGUAUUUCAAGCCCAGUACCGGUCAUCUUUAAGCUGUUCAAGGUGCCGGACCCAGUCUAAUACAUUCGAUCCUUUUCAAUGUAUAUCUGUCCAGCUACCACAAUUUCAUAAGCAAAGCAUAUACGUUACAGUUGUGUACACGUCCCAGCAACCUCGUCAAGUUCAAAUAGGCCUCAGCUUACCAUCCGGGUCUUCAAUAGGCGAACUUCGGGCCAUUCUUGAAUCGGACACGUCUAUUGAAAAGGAGAGCAUGCUCUUAACGGAAAUAGGAGAAUGCGGCUUCAUGAGAACUUUCAAUAAUUCGCAGUCGAUAUCGAUGAUAUCUGAAAUCGAUCCGAUUUACUGUAUCGAGACCGCGCAAUUGGAGGAGAAUAAUGAAGAAAUUACCAGUGCUUAUGUUUUACUGUGUUGGAUCAAUGUGGUGCGAGGGAGUGGAGGUGGAGAGUUUACCAGGUUUGGAAGCCCGUACACGAUGCAGGUUUCAAGGGAAACAAGCUACGACGAUUUGCAGAAAUUACUCCUGAAAGAGAUGGCACCUAUUUUACAUGAUGACAUUUUAACCUCAUCACAAUCAAAAGGGGUCUUUAAAAUGAGAAUAUCCGAUCCUGCUUGGAACGAAACCGAACCGCCUUGUUAUCUGGAGCCCCACCUGGAGCAUCCUUUGUUCAUGGAGGCAGUGGAUCAGGCGCUGGCUCUUUGCAGCGACGACGGGGGACCUGCGCAUGUCAAACUUGUUCUGGAAUGGACUGAAAGCGCCAGGAUGUCGAUAAUUGCGGACCAAUCGGAUGCGAUCGAAGAGCAUUCGACCGUGAAAAUGUUAAGGGCACAAGCUUUGCAAGGUGGAGCACCCCUAACCUUACAAGAGUGUCUUCAAGAUUAUACUGGCGCGGAAACGUUGACAGAUGCUUGGCGAUGCCCGCAUUGCAAGCAGUAUCAACCAGUGGUGAAAACGUUGGACGUCUGGUCCUUGCCUGAUAUAUUAAUCGUCCAUUUUAAAAGAUUCAGACAACAUACUAUUAGAGGAGCAAACUCCUCAAAACUGACCACAAUGGUCGACUUCCCGGUGAACGGCUUCGACAUGUCUCCCCAUCUCGCCUCCAAACGUCAUCCGCAGAACCUCCCGCAGAACAACAUGACCGAAAGCGAGAUGAUCAGCAUCAAUAACGGCUGGUCCCCGUGGAAACGCGCCAGGAAACAAUCCAAUUGUCACGAGAACGUUUACGAUCUAUACGGAGUGUGCUAUCACCACGGUAGCGACCUGGAAACCGGACAUUAUACGGCCGCGUGUAAAAACCCGUACGACCAAAACUGGUAUUUGUACGACGACGCGAAAGUGGUGAACUUAAGUAAAGAUUCGGACGACGUGUCCUCCGUCUUGGUUAAUAAUAGAGCCUACAUUUUAUUUUACCAGAGACGGUGUAUGGGGAAUAGUAAUAGUUCGAAUAGUUCGGCGGCUAGCACCAGCUCGGUGGGUUCGGGAAGUGAUCACUGGGUUACUCGGAUGCCUAAGUUCGUUCCUCCGAAGUUUGCUCCCGCCAUCGUGAAACCACCAGAAAAGGUAGAAAAAACCGUACAAAUAAAAGAUGAUGCAAAAACGAUCGAAAAGGAGGGAGAGACUAAAAAAGAUAGCAAAAUGCACGAAGUGGUGGCUUUGCGGAAUAGUCAGAAUACACUUUACAGCAGUCGAAAAUCCUUGGAGAUUAAAGUGUCAGAGAACGUUAGUAGAAAUUCUCCAACGUUGAGUUUGAACUUAAACAGGUCAUCUUCGGAAAUCUCCACAAAAAAGCCAAUUUACACCACAAGCGUGUACAUAACUUCACCUGCGAACCCGGAUAUAAUUUCCUCGUCACCUAAAAAAUCGCCGAUUUUCGAGAGCGUUCGACAGGAGGACAUUAAUGUUGUCCUGCGGGAGCCGGGAGUGGAAGCGAAUGAUGUUCCCAGUGCGUCAAAAAAGGAUCGAUUAGACGUCUACACCACCACCGCUUCGAUCCAUAGGCAUUCGGAUAUUGGCAAGGGAGCGUCGAGGCAACAACUUAAUUGGAUGUCUCCCCAACCAUUAAAAAAGUCCUCUUCGGUCAACGAGAAUACAACUAUGCAAUUUUCCGUAUGAGACGAACCCAGCUUUUUUAAUUGUAUAUUUUUCUGUAAAUAGUAAGUUAGCCUUAGUCUUUUUUUUUUAAUAAUAUUAUGGAAUUAGAUAAAAAAAUCUCUGCAAAAAACAGAGUUAAUUUACAUAACAAAUCAGUUUAAAUUAUUAUAGCUUUUGGGUUUAAGGAUACAUUAACUUAAGAAUAUUUAAUGAAACAUAACGAAACAGUUUUGUUUGAUAUAGAUUUUAUUGAUUCGUUUUUUUUAAGUCCUUAUUUUCUUUUUUUUUGUAUCAAGUUGUAAUAUUUUUAAAGAGUUUAUUUUUUGUUUUUUUUUUUUUGAAAAUUUAUAGAAAACUCAAUUUUAGUUUUUGGGCAUGCAGCCAAUAAGCGACUUUUUUACUAUUCAAAUUAAGGACACAUUUAAUAAGUGAUAUUAUUUUAGAGCAUUAAUAAUGUAAUAGUUCUACAGGGUGGUCAAGAGAUAAUAUAGUAAACAAAGUACUUUAAAAAUCAGUCACUUUUGGACUAUGGUUAAGUUAUAUACUUAGUUAUGCUUCAUGUGAUAGGAUUUCGUGCUGAUUUUUUAAAGUUUUACCAGUCUUACCAGACUUAUAGUUUUUAUUUUAUUACAUUAAUAAUUUAACAAUAUAUAUUUAUACUUUCGUUCGGGCCACAUUACAUUUUGUUUUAUAUGUUACAGUAAUUAUGUUUGAUUUUUGUACUAAAAAAAUAAUUAUUGCAGUUAUUAUGAUAUAAGUGCCUACAGAUAUUAAAAUAUGACGUGCUUUGUAAUACCGUUUAAUGACUGAACCAUCAUCAUAUCUUAAAUUGUUUGAUUUAUUAGGGUUAACAACGAAAUUAUUCACGGUCAAAUAAUAAUAAUUAUUCAUAAAAUAGGGCGGAUCUGUUUUUACGCUUUUUUGUAAUGUAGGGAGAAUAUUGUAACAUGUAAAACUGGUGCCUUAAAUUUAAUAUUUAUUGAUUAUUGCUGUUCAGUUACAUCACCCAAUAAAUAAUUACUUGUAAUAAGCA